CCCUUCCUCCCCACCGCCUACUCUUCUCCAACCCACGCCCACGCCCUCUCUUUCUUUCUCUCUUACUUCUCGCCUGCUCUACUUCCGACGGACUUCUUCUCGGAUCAGGAGAUUUCUCGUAAAGCCCAGAGGAGCAUCUCGCGCUUUCUAAUUAGCCGGCAGCCGGACGUGAUAGCAGGGCUCACCUCUAUCAAGGUCUUACUCGGGCACUCCACCGAGCCUCCUGCUUCCACAGCAUCCCCGCACACCUCCGUCUCAUACCACAAAACGCACGCUCUAUUCAUCCUACGCAUCACAGCACCACCCCAAUCCCCGCGAUUCACACAAUGCUAGCAGCAACACCACCCUCCACCGCCCCCGCCGGCCCAACUCCUCCCACCACCACCGGCAUCGACUCCGCCGCGACCACCGCCGCCGGCGGCAAGCGACGCGUGACAAAACGCGCAUUCAUCCCUAUCCGUCCCUCCGCGCCGGUCCCGUCGUCGGCGGCUUAUCAGCUGGUCGCGCAUAGUGCGGCGGGAAUCGAUAAGCGGGCGCUAAAGUCCGAACUUGCCGAGGGAGCCCAGCAGCAGGAGGUGCCGGCUUUGAGGGCGAAUAAUUUCCUUGAUACGCUGUGUGAUGCUAUCGAGACGGUUACGCGGAACGAGCAGCAGAGUUCGUCGGCUGGGAGCAAUGGCACAGACUCUGAUGUCGAGCACGGAGACCAUGAGUACGAUGACGACGGCGGGGGAGGCGGUAUGGAGACCGACGACCAGGACGCGGAUUAUCAAAACACGGAGGAUGAGCAGGAUGAUGACUACGACAGCAACGCGGAUCACGACCGACCGAGGAAACUCGCCAGGUUUUCAGGAACCACGACCGUGACGGCCACGCCGAUCGACUCCUCGAGCUCAAUAGUCGCCCUGACCUCGACCGCGUCCGAUAUCGGCAGCGGCAACCCGCAAAAGCUGUACUACUGCUCUCUCCCCUCAUGCGGCAAGUCGUUUGCGCAAAAAGGCCAUCUCGCGCGGCACAACCGCCGCCAUACAAACGAAUGCCUGUACACCUGCUCCGCGUCGGACUGCGACAAGUCCUUUACGCGAAAGGACGAGCUGAUGGUGCACGUACGCACGCACGCGGCCGAGUACCGCUUUAUUUGCAAGGUCGACGGGUGCGGCCGGUCGUUUGCCGAGCGCGGCCACCUGACGCGGCACAGCCGGACUCAUACCUCGAAACCGCUCUUUCUGUGCACGUUCGACUACUGCGGCCGCACGUUCACGCGCAAAGACGAGCUCACGAUCCACAUCCGCACGCACACGGGCGAGCAGCCCUUUGCGUGCCUCUACCCCGGCUGCGGCAAGUCGUUUGGCCGCAAGGACAUGCUGAUUGUGCAUAAUCGCACACACACGGGCGACCGGCCGUUCGCGUGCAACUUUGAAGGCUGCCGCAAGACCUACGCGGACCGCAGCAACCUCAACGUCCACAUUCGGACACACACGGGUGACCGGCCGUUUGCGUGCGACUACGCGGGCUGCGGCAAGACGUUUGCGCAGAAAGGCAGUCUGAACUCGCAUAUCCGGCUGCACACGGGCGAGCAGCCGUUCUCGUGCCCGUACGAGGGCUGCGGCAAGAGCUUUACGGUCAAGGUCACGCUCACGCGGCAUAUUCGCACGCACACGGGAGAACGGCCGUUUGCGUGCACGUUUCCGGAUUGCGGCAAGAGGUUUGUCAAGAGCUCGAAUCUGAAGGCGCAUGUGCAGACGCAUGUGCGGAAAAAGCAGUGAGCGAACGUGUUUUUUUGUUUAUAAUACGAGGAGAGGUGGGCGUUUAGAUAGAGUGGAUAUGUACAAUAAACAAUAUGCAGUGGUUUGACUAUAAAGAAAUGCAGUGAUU